CUUCUUCUUCUUCCCACCUUAUCCCCAAACUCGUAAACCUCUCCCUCUCCCCACUCUCGCGCCUCCUCCCAUGGCUUCCUUCCCGACCACCGCCGCCGCCGCCGCCGCGCAGGCAUUCGCCUUCGCCCUCGCGCCGAAGCCAUCCUCCUCCGCCGCCGCACCAUCCGCGCUCUUCCCCCGCACCGCCGCGGCGGCGGCGUUCCCGACGCUGGCUGUGCGAGGAAGCGGGAAGGCGAGGCAGCCGGUGGUGGCCGCGGCGGCGGGGGCGGGGACGGGGAGCGAGCAGAGGGAGACGAUACUGCUCCCCGGGUGCGACUACAACCACUGGCUGAUCGUGAUGGAGUUCCCCAAGGACCCCGCCCCGACGCGGGAGCAGAUGAUCGACACCUACCUCAACACCCUCGCCACCGUCCUUGGCAGCAUGGAGGAAGCCAAGAAGAACAUGUAUGCCUUCAGCACAACCACCUACACUGGUUUCCAGUGCACUGUCGACGAGGAAACAUCAGAGAAGUUCAAGGGUUUACCCGGCGUUCUGUGGGUGCUUCCUGAUUCCUACAUCGAUGUCAAGAACAAAGACUACGGGGGUGAUAAAUACAUAAACGGAGAGAUAAUUCCAUGCACUUACCCAACCUACCAACCAAAAGAGCGGAGGACAUCCAAAUAUGAAAGCAGACGGUAUGAAAGGCGAAGAGAUGGACCCCCAGCAAGCAGGAGACCAAGGCCGCAGACUGCUCAGCCUGAGUCAGCCUCUUCUUCAUGAGGUCAGUUUUGCAGGCACUCAUCCACGUAAUGGAAAGAAAGAACUUGCUUACUAGCUAAUUCUACCACUUGGCGUCGCAUACGGGAAAGCUCUGACAGACAAAUCUAUCCUCAACCCAAAAUAUCAUCCAGAGCUGUGCAAGCGAUUCAUGCAGGCUGCAUUUGGAAUUUUGGAUCAUGUGGAUCAUCAUCAUUCUUGAUAUUUUGGGUGGACUAUGACCUCUGAAUGUGACAAAAGACGGAAAUUCUGAUCUAUCUAAGAAUGUUACUGUCUCAAAUAUCUAGUGAUAUUUUUCUUGUGUUACCCUGCUACCUAGUAGUUGUGUUGCUGGUUUGUGUGUGGAAUUUCUUGAUCCUUAUCCAUGUGAGUUUUCUUGAACUGAAGUUGAUUUUUUGGCCUUUGUAUUGGCAUUUGUUCUGCUCAGAGCCUGAGACUUGCAAUUUGGGAUGACCAUUGAAUCGAAGUGAGAUUGAAAAGCUGUUGCUGUGUGGAUGUGAUGAGUGAAUUGUCAUACUUCAAUAUAAUAUGGUUAUGCCUUCUUCA